AUGCAGAAGCUCAGAAACCUUGCUCGAGACUGCAAUUUUAAAGCAGUCAGCGCAAAACAAAACGAGGAGGACGCCAUAUGUGACGCGUUUAUCAGCGGGCUAUUGUCAAACCCCAUCCGUCAGCGGCUUCUUGAAGACAGAACACUCGAUGUGAGUACCGCUUAUAACCAAGCCAAAGCGCUCGAUCUAGCUCAGCAGCAGUCUCUAACAUUCGCCCAAGUCACUCCUUCAAUCUACGCUGCCGCUGCAAGCGCCCUGGAUCAGACACCUGAGAUGACGCUGGCUGCGUCCCGAACAAGCUGCUUCUUUUGUGGCUAUGAUCGACAUCGUCAUCACAAGUGUCUUGCGAAAGAUGUAACUUGCAAGUCAUGUGGCAAACGGGGACACUCUCAGAAAGUUUGCCGGGCUCCUGCCAACUCAAAGCAUACCGCAGCUACCUCACCAUUCUUUGUCUCCUCCAUCAUUGUAGCCGCAGCCCCUGCGAGCCUUACUAAGACUGUUACUGAUGUAACAGUCAACGGAUAA